UUUUCUUCUACGUCAAUCUCAAUUUCUCACCUCAUUUUAUUAUUAAGUCGUUUUUUGUUGUUUUUUGUAUUAAUUUCUAUUAUAAAACUAUGACUCGCUUUUUCAUUUGGAAUUGUCAGCUUCCGCGAAUUCCCAGUGCCUGGAGAGAACGUCUGCGCGAUUUCGGCACAUACGCCUCUGGAGCACUCUUUACUAUCGGUUGGUGGUUCUUUAUCGACGGGCUAAUACUUUCUCGCGCAGAGUCCUCCAGCGUAACCUUUGGGUUCGAGGACUGGAUCCCUGGUAUUCUGUGCACAUUGGGUAUGAUAGUAACCAACUCCAUUGACCUCUCCCUCCUGCGCGACGACAGUUUCGGCUACGGUGGUGGUAGUUCAUUGGCGGGCAAGGCCAAGUUGACCUUGUUUAUCGGAAUUGCACUUUUGGCCGGUGGUGUCGCUGGGUCAUUGACGAUUUUGGUUAUAAAGUAUAUUGUUCCACAGGUGGAUUCCGCAACUAUGUAUGUGGGGGCUACCGGUGUUUUACAGGCUUUUGGUGUAUUGUUGGCGUCUGUGGUACUGUGGUUUGUGCAUAAUUCGGAGUAUGAUAGUCAGUAUAAUUUUGUGCUGAAUUGAUUUAGGAAUCAAUAAAGGUGGCUUUUUCUUUCUUUAUGUUAUUUUAUUUUUAAUAUAUUGUGAACCGUUUUUUGAAGUGUGAAA